CUUCAAGAAAGACUGGCUGUACCUCGCUCCGCUUCUCAAAAAGCAGCCAACUCUCAACAGCUUGCUGCUUGUGAUAACCGAUAAAACCCUGCGUGGUGGCUCCAAAAAGCUGCUGUAUCCUGUCGUCGCCUUGGACUUGUUGUACAUAUUAGACUAGUCUUUGGCAUACUAUCGCUCAGAUCUUUUGAGCUACAGCACAGUAUUGGAGUUUGCUAUUAGUUAGAUCCAUUAUAGAGCGCCUGUGUUAAUAUCACGCUCAUUUUGGCUAACAGCAUCCUACAAUCACGCAACAAUCUACAGUGUUGCGCUGACUCCAAGAAAAGAAAAAGAACCAGCCGCAGCAUAACCCUCCGCUUCGCGUCUCUCUAUCCUUCAGAGACCUUCCAUAAUAUCUCGACUUGAGUUGUUGAUUGAUAUACUAGCCAAUGUUCCACACCGCAGCUCCCAUCCUUCGAGAGUCCGAAGCACUAUCGGCGCGGACUCUCAGUAGUGUUGUUCCCUCGAAUGAUACUGUGACCAAAGCCCUCAGUGUCACCAGCGGCAGCUUGGACCUCCUCUUGCUCGGCAAUCUGCUAGAAGUCUGUCAAGACCUGUAUCGACAUGACCUUGCGGACGAAUCACUGAACCUGUACGCAUCGACUGUCUCCUAUUGCAAAGAUUGCUCGUGGAACAAUGCCCAACUCGUCAGCCAUCAACUCCAAAUGGCCGUACGACGACUUCAAGACGCAACAACCGUACUGACAGACGAACCCGAACUGCCCGACAUGUACCACGAAGACGAAUGCGAUGUUGGACCACGAUGCUUCAAACAUCCCGUGUUCCCUUCUGUGUCUCUCCUCUCCUCCUCCUCCGCCAACAGUCUCAUUCUGGCGUACAUGGAACUCUUGUUGGUCUACAAUCGCGGUGUUGUACAGCACGCGCAAUCCGAGUACGGCGAAACCAUGAGACUCUACGAAUACGUCGCGCUCAGUCUCACGUCUCAAUGGUUGCCUGCUACGACCACCGAUCAUCCCCUCCGACGCUCCUUGUUGGAAUUGAACAUGUACGUGCAGAAUAACAUGGGACACAUUACCUACAUGCUCGGACUCGAAGACGCCGCGGCCGAUCACUUCCGCACCGCACUCGCCUACAAAACGUCGUCGUUGGAGUACGCCAUGGUCGUUUCCAAUUGGUGUCGUGUCCAUUGGAUGAGUGGAGACAUGUCGGAAGAAGUCUUUCGAGGACUCCAACAAGUACUCUGUAUUCGCACGGAUCUCCUUCCUUGGGAUCACAUGGAUGUCGCCAGUGCUCAUUACAAUUUGGGCAUGGCGGAAUACGCGCGCAAUCACUCCGAAGCGGCUUUGGAACACUUGUUCUCGUACCUCAAGGUGGCCGCUUCCAAAGCGGCGACGGACAAUAACAGCAGCAAACAGACCGCAGCGCUGAAGGUAAACAAGAAGGAUCAGUGGCUCUACACACUCGAUCCCAUCCCCGCCUUGAUUUAUAUCUUGUUGGUCAAGAACGAACCCAAAGAAGAUGACAUUUCCCAAGAAUUGGUCCGGGGAUUGCGAUCCUUGCAAGAAAAGCGAGCCUGUGUCGGACCGCAAGGUCCCGAGGUCGCUUCCGUCCUCAAUUUUAUCGGUACGCUGCUCUUUCAUCAACGAGACAAUGAGCACGCGCUCUUGUUCUUUCAAGAAGAAUUGCGAUUGGAAGAAAAUCUCGUCUUUCAUCAAGAUGAUGUCUCCAUUAGUGUUACCUGCAAUAAUAUCGGUCGCAUCCUUCAAGAAUUGGGACGUCUCCCCGAAGCCAAGCAUUAUUACCAUCGUGCGCUCAAGGGACACUACGGUGAUCGCAUUGAAGAAUGGUGUGCUCUCCCCAACGCCCAAGAUGUCUGUCCCGUCCAAUGGAAGGUGGAACAUCUCAAGGAUCUGCCCCAGAGUACCAUGCAGCUCUACUCGGCCGUCUGGUACAAUUUGGGUCUCAUUUGGGACAAGCUUGGAUGCUACCGCGAGGCUACCAAUGCCUUUCAAGUCUCGUUGGGAUUGCGCCGCGCUUUGCUCGGACUCAAUCACGCCGAUGUCGCGUGUCUCUUGUACAACAUUGGAGUGUUGCAAAUGGAACAAAAAUUGCUCAAGGAAGCGACGUCGUCCUUUCGAGAGGCCCUCCGCAUCCGUCAAAACUCUCCUUCCACGGGCCACUUGAACGAUGCGCAUGUCAUUCAGACCCUCAAGAAAUUGGCCGCCUUGCACAAGGCCAAGGGCGAUAUCAAUGGAGCUUUGGAAACCUUGUGGGAAAUUGUGCGCUUGCAAGAACCCACUACAAACAAGGAUGCUACUACUACUCUGGCUGCUAACGGCUCAGCAGCACAGAGCAAUCACACCAAGGAAUUGUGUGUGACCUAUCGAGAGGUUGCCGAAUUGUACCAUGCCAACAGCAACCUCUCCAUGGCCAUUACCAUGGCACAAAAGUCCACGAGCUUGUUGCGAAAGCUCCAACUCGCUGUGGCGCAAAACAACACGACUACGUCUACUACCGUGGCAACCCAAGAGUUUGUUGUCUAUACCGAAGAACUCGUUGCGGGAUUGCUGCUGCUUGGAUCGUUGUAUCACGAAGAUAGCGAACCAUUCACUGCUCGACAGCUAUUUCAAGAAGCAUCGACCAUGAUUGCUCGAGUAUCCCGAUGCUUUCCCACCUCGACGGCAUUGGACGCCAUGCAGGAAGUCACGCAGAUUCUUGCGGCCUGUCAUUGCGCUCCAUUGGCGUGAGGAAGGAAAGAAAAAGUGGUACUCUCCUCAAGUAUUUCUCCUACCUCUCUGCACAUAUAUUUAUUGGAGGAAAACUUGCCCCUCUGGUGUUUUGCGAGGCUCUUGCACAUUUAUCUACAUUUUGAUUUCGCCUCGCACAACACCAUCACAGGAAACUGAACAUACCAUACUGUACCACUGCUUUAGAUUUGUAAAUACCAAUAAAAUCUCCGUGGUUUGCUUGU